CAGGGAGUCUGUUAACAAAUCAAGUCACAGCUACAAAGUGCACACAAGCACGUAGGCUACUGUACAGCCUACACAUACAUAGCCAACAUAGCAACCAUCAAAUAAUCUCUGAACAUGGAUGAGUUAGAUUUACUCCUUGAAGAAUUGGCUCAGACCUCUGACAAAAGUACAAUUGCCCCUGGAGCAGUUGUUAAGACGACAGUGGUGUCUACGAACACAGAAACAAGGAACAGUGGAUAUGGGAUUCCAACACCAGCUCACACAAGAACAGGACAGCCCUCUGCCAGCAAUGUUUACAGUAAACCAUCAGCUCGAGGGGCCAGUGAACCAAUGAGUCCAGCUACAGCCACCCGAGAGCUGGACUCCAUCAUGAAAGAGCUGCUGGGACUGGAUCUGGAGGUCCCAGAAACAGGGUCUCCAUCAGCCCCACCACCUCUCGCUCAGAAAGAGAGACGGAGUGUGAAAGAUAAGACAGAGAGGAGUGUGGAAGUAUCGGUCGACACGUCAAAGUCACCUGAGACAUGCACAGACGUAGCCAAGCCAAAGAAGACUGAUGCCAUUGAUGAUCUUCUGGGGGGCCUCAGCUCCGACAUGGAGAAGAUGGGGGUUCGCACCACUGCCAAGGGCCACUGUGCUUCCUGUGGCAAGUGCAUUGUUGGAAAGAUGAUUACGGCUCUGGGGCAGGUGUGGCAUCCUGAGCACUUUGUGUGCUUCGAGUGUAAACAGGAGCUGGGCACAACAGGUUUCUUUGAGAGAGAUGGCAAACCCUACUGCGAGAAAGACUACCAGGACAUCUACUCACCCAAAUGUGCCUACUGCAAAGGCGCCAUUGUGCAUAACAUCCUGACUGCUAUGGAUCGUACCUGGCACCCAGAACACUUCUUCUGUACCCACUGUGGAGAGCUGUUUGGAACGGAUGGGUUCAUGGAGAAGGAGGGGAAGCCGUACUGCACCAAAGACUUCUAUCAGCUCUUUGCACCCAAGUGCUCUGGCUGCAGCCUUCCGGUGAAGGAGAACUACCUGACAGCCGCCAAUGGCGUGUGGCACCCGGACUGCUUUGUCUGUGCCGACUGUUUGCAGCCUUUCAAUGAUGGGUGUUUCCUUGACAUGGACGGUCGCCCCUUGUGCUCCCUGGACUUCCACAAGCGGCAGGGGACGCUCUGCGGGAGCUGUGGAGCUCCCAUCACCGGCCGCCUCAUCGCCGCCAUGGGCCACAAAUUCCACCCCGAGCACUUUGUCUGCGCCUUCUGCCUCCGGCAGCUCAGUCAGGGUGUGUUCCAGGAGCAGGAGGGCAAGCCGUACUGCAAGGGUUGCCACGGGAAACUGUUCAUGACAAAGUGACACAGUGCUGUUUUUAUACCCACAGGAAAUCAGUUGGGUUUGGUUAAGGUGAUGUUUGAGUUUGAUGUUGAGCUGAACUUGAGUUUCAACAAACCAUCUGGUCUCUUUGUAGAUUGACUGUCGAAGUAAAGUUUCAUCAAUCCUGUAGGCAUUGUGUUCUAUGGAUGGGAGAGGAUUUUGAUUCUGCAAUAUUCUCCUUUUAAUGAUUCUGGCUGGAUUUUCUUUUACUUUUUGGAUACUAUAGCUAUAGCUACUCUAAAUCAAAUUACACCAGAUAAACUGCUUGCUGCUAAUGUAUAGUACAAAAGACACAUAGUGCUAAAAUCACCAACAUGGAAGCAUAGUAGCCUAAUAAUCAAAUGUAAUAAAGGAUUGUAAAGUUA